AUACAUAAGACAUGUCAUAGGAAUGUCAUACAACAUGUCUGACUCUGUCAAAGUUUGCGCUAGUGGGUAGAGUUUGAGAACAAAAAUAAAAUAAAUCCAUCUGUUUUCUUGGAGGAAAAUUCGUGUGAAAAAAAGCCAUUUAGGGUGAAAUUCCGUAGUUUAUGCAUUUGUGAAUGAAGUGGUGAUAGUUUGUGGAUGUAUUUGGGUGUGUGGGGGGUGCAAAAGUGCUGUGAAAAUAAGGACUUGUGUAGGGGAACGCGUGUGAAAAAAAGUCAUCAUCCCCCUUUUUUCUUGUGAGGAAGUUUUUGUCUCCCAAUGACGGUUUUGUUGUGCAAAUCCUGCCCAAAGCUUCGUGUCUCCUCAUCCGUACCACACAAAGGUCCCCACUGUGAUGUUCUCAAACGGUUUACCGUGUAAUUUGCCCUUUCCCAGCUGCCUCGGAGUGCCAAAACACGAAAGCGACGAACUUCUGCCCAUCAGUAUGGGGAGUCGUGAGCCAGUCAUCCUCAAUGUCUACGACAUGUACUGGAUCAAUGAGUACACCACUUCACUCGGACUGGGUGUCUUUCACUCUGGCGUGGAGAUUUUUGGCACGGAAUUCGCCUACGGUGGCCACCCGUUCCCCUUUACGGGGGUCUUUGAGAUCCAGCCACGCGACCACGAUGAGCUCGGGGAGCAAUUUCGCUUCCGGCAGAGCAUCCAGAUUGGCUGUACGGACUUCACGGAGGACGAAGUGAGGCGUAUUGUGGAGGAGCUUGGCAAUCAAUUCCGCGGCGAUCGGUACCAUCUCAUGAAUAACAAUUGCAAUCACUUCUCAAGUGCACUCACGCAGAUACUCUGUGGCCAGGAGAUACCCAGCUGGGUCAAUAGACUCGCACACUUUAGCUCCUGCGUGCCAUUCCUCCAGCGGUGUCUCCCCAAGGAAUGGUUGACUCCGAAUGCCUUACAGCAAUCAAUAACGGCCAUCCAAGACCGAGGGAGUGCCUCUGGGAACAAUACAGCCGUGACUGCCGAAUCUGAGGUAUAUUUCGAGAGCAAGUGAACUAAGCACGGGGCAUCCACCAAACUGAACGAUGAAUCUUUUUUAUUUUAAUUAUUAUUAUUAUUAGAAUAUUUAAGGGCUUAAAAAACAAAUCACACACAAAAAAACACCAUUAAAACAAUUUGAGGGGUUGAAUUAUUAGCAAAUAAUUGAGAAGAUAUUCCAAGUCAUGUUAUUUUAGAGAAUGAACAAAGAAGAAAAAUUAAAGGUCUCAUGAUACCAAAAUUAGAAGAAAAAAAAAGAAAAAUCACUCAUUUUAAUAAUUAAAAAAAAAAAGAAAUAAGAAAAUAAGAGAUUUGUAGACUCCUUUGAAGGCAUUUCAGUUGCGCGCGUCAUUUUCUACUGAUAACAAAAAGGAUCUAUUUGGUCCCUUUAAAAAAAAGUUAUUAGGAUUAAAUUUAAAAAUCUGUGUAAAUCACAAAAUUAUGGUGUUUGUGGAAAGAGAGAAUCUUGUGUGUAGGAAAAGUUUAUCAGCAGAAAAGAAUCAAAAUCGCCACAAAAAAAGCGAUAAAUUCUGCGAGAUAAAUUGCGUGUGUCUGUCUUGUGAGUGUUUGAAAAGCUUCUAUCUUUUUUUUUUGCAUUGCAUUGAGAUGAAAAAUCACCCAAAAAAAAAAGAAUUUUUUUUAGAAUCUUUUAGAACUCACUUUUCAUUUCUUUUUCUUUUUGUUUUUCAACAAACCCAAAAUCACCUAAAAAUGUGUAAAUAGAAAAUAAUUAUAAAUGAAUAAAACUUACAUAAGAUAGAGUGUUUGAAAUACUUACAUUUUGUGAGAGACUAACAUGUGAAACAGGCACUAAUUUUAUUUUAAAAUGAAUGAAUAAAAUAAAUUUAAAAAAAAUGAUAAUCUCUCAACAA